AAUUGCGAAAUCAGUUAUCUUUUACUUAAGAUGCAUAUCUGUUUGACAGUUACUACGUCCAGCUGCCUGACUCUCGCCUCAUGAGGGUCGAGUACUACUCCGACGCCAGCGGCUUCCACCCCACAGUCACCUUCGAGGGCGAGGCUCAGUACCCAAGUGCCCCCGCCCAGGUGUACUCUCAGCCCGCCCCGGCUCCUGCCCCUGCCCCUACCCAACAAUAUUCCGAGCCUGCCCCAGCCCCUGCCCAGGUGUACUCUCAGCCCGCCCCUGCUCCUGCCCCUGCCCCUGCCCAGGUCUACUCUCAGCCCGCCCCUGCCCCUACCCAGCAGUACUCCCAGCCUGACCUCACCCCCACACAAUUCUACUCUCAACCUGGAAAAUAAUUUCCUUCUUACGGUGUCUUCAGAGACAAUCUUCGGGAUCUGCCUCUUUCUCUUUUCAGUCAUCGCACACUUUUCAUUCCUCGAGCUUCGAUAUGCACCAUCCAUUAUCCUUUAUAAAGAAUUUCAUUUUGCAGUUCUAUAAUAUUUGCACAUUUCUUCAAACUUCUGUGU